AUGAAGAAUGUGCGUCACACACCUAGUACUCUCCUCCCUCCCUUCGCAAUGACCUCCGAAACGGCACACGAUGGCGCGCAUAAAUCCUCGCUGGUGCACGGCAAGCAGGCUGCCCGGCAAGAACAGUCCAUGACCUUAUGGCAGGCCAUCCGUCUGUAUCCCAAGGCUGUCGGCUGGUCGGUCCUUUUGUCCACCACUCUUAUCAUGGAAGGGUACGACCUGGCCCUGCUGGGAUCGAUGUACGCCUCGCCGGCGUUUAAUCAAAAGUUCGGCUAUCUCGCGCCCGACGGUUCGUGGACAGUACCGGCCUCCUGGCAAUCAGCUCUCUCCAACGGGGCGCGAGUCGGCGAGGUCAUCGGUCUGCUGAUCAACGGUCUUAUCUCUGAGCGACUGGGAUACCGGUGGACUAUGGUCUGCGCCCUCAUGGCGAUCAACGGGGUGAUUUUCAUUUUUUUCUUCGCUGUGAACGUUAAAAUGCUGCUCGCUGCCGAGAUUCUGGCUGGUAUACCCUGGGGCAUCUUCCAAACCCUGCCGGCGGCGUAUGCCUCGGAGGUGUGUCCCGUCGUGUUGCGACCCUACCUGACCACCUUCAUCAACAUGUGCUGGGUGAUCGGGCAAUUUGUUGCGGUGGGAGUCAAUCGGGGAUCCAUCCAGCGCGAGGAUCAGUGGUCAUAUCGCAUCCCCUUCGCCGUGCAGUGGGCCUGGCCAUUGCCCAUUCUUAUCGGCUGUCUGUUUGCCCCGGAGUCUCCCUGGUGGCACGUCCGGCGCGGUCAAAUUGACGGGGCCAAGAAGGCAUUGCGACGUUUGACUUCGUCAAAGGACCCGUCUUUCGACGUCGACGCUACCAUCGCCAUGAUCCAACACACGAACGAGCUGGAGAAGUCCCUGACGGAGGGCACCCGAUACACCGACUGCUUCCGCGGCGUCAACCUGCGACGCACCGAGGUGGUCUGUGGCGUGUGGCUGGUGCAGACCCUCUGCGGACAGAAUCUGAUGGGAUACUUUGCCUACUUCUGCGUGCAGGCUGGACUUCCGCCCGUGCAGUCGUUCAACCUGUCGCUGGCCCAAUAUGGGCUCGGCGUGCUUGGCACCAUAGGCUCGUGGUUCUUGAUGUCGGUCGCUGGCCGACGUACUCUGCAUCUGGCCGGACUGGCAACUCUGGUGGUGCUGCUGCUCAUUACCGGUAGCCUGUCCUUCGCGCCGGAGGCCAACAGCGCGGCCAAAUGGGCGAUCGGAGCGAUGCUGAUUGUUUUCACGGUCUGCUACGACCUCACCAUUGGACCGGUGACCUAUUCGCUCGUAUCGGAGUUGUCUUCAACGCGCCUCAAGGCCAAAACCAUCGUUCUGGCGCGCGUGGUAUACAACGUCAGUAACAUUGUGGUCAACGUGUUGACGAACUACCAGCUCAACCAGACCGCGUGGGAUUGGGGUGCUCGAUGUGCCUAUUUCUGGGCGGGAACCUGUCUGGUCUGCCUGUGUUGGUCAUUCUUUCGUGUCCCUGAACCCAAGGGCCGCACCUACGAGGAGAUGGAUGUUUUGUUUACGCAAGGGGUGUCGGCGCGGAAGUUCUCCCAGACGGCCGUGGACCCGUACGAAGGGAUGGAGGUGGAAGUGCGAGAGGAUCACGGAAAGGAUCGCGCAGAGUGA